GACACCAGAUUCACAAAACAAUACAGCUGACACCAAACACACAAAGCUUGCCGCCAAACUCUCCAAAUGUCACCGACCCAUUGAGGAGGAAGGGCUGGGCUAGAUGGCCUUUCAGGUCAGUCAUUGGUUGAUGCUGAGAAAUAAGCCUGAUGCUCUGGGACAAACCAAGGAUUAUAAAAGCGAGCCACAUUGCUAAACAGAGCAGCAGUUUUGAUGGGGAUGGCGUUAGUCCUGCUCGUUCUGAUGAUUCUAGGGAUGCAAGUGGAAGCAGCAGCUGAUGAAAGAGGCUUUGUGAAACAACCACGUUCCCUUCGUAGUCUUUUUCAUGUCUCAGCUGUUCCACAGAAGACCUUAGCAUUCAAUUCAAACCAAUACCUGAAGCACUGGCUCCUCAAAAGCACAGCAGCUCAACAUGAUGGUACAGCACAAACCACUGACCAAAGUGCUACAAGAACUAUUGCAGAUACCAAGUCCAAGCAACCAAGAGUCAACAGCAACACAGCUGGUCCUGGUACACAAGCCAAGCUGCAGAAGAUGGUCUCAGCCCUGGAGGAAUUUCACCGGGCAUUUAACAGAACCCGGAGCUCACAGCUUACCAUCAUGCCACGAGUAAGCAGCAGAAAUUCUGGGGGAAAAGAUAAAGUGCUCACUGCUGCUGAAGGAGCGGUGAAUCCCACCACUGCGUGCCCAGUACUACUUGACAGCACUGCAUCCAAAGCCAGUGCAGACGUCAUCCCAAGCCUGACUGGUCGAAACUUUAGGAAGUCCUUCCCACCACAGACCAAGAAGACCAACAAAAGAGUGUGUUUCUGGAAGUAUUGCUCUCAGAAAUGACAGCUUUCCAGCCGCGGCUCACUUUUGUGUCUCAUCUUCUUCCUUUCGCUCAUCUCCCCUUCCAUCUACCCAAGCAUGUGUCUCCAUUUUUUAUUCAUCCUCAUCCUCUUCUGUAUCUCCUGCCUGACUUCUGAGUGCUAAGAAACUGUGGCUAUGACAACAGAAAGAUCUUCAUGCUGAACCAGGCCGGCGCCAGCCUUUACUUGGACCUUUUCAUUCAUGCAUCAACUAACAAGACAGACCAGUCAAAGCAAACCUUGUGCGCCCUUGGUCAAGACACACACACACUCGUUAACCCUUACGCUCCUUUAUAAGACAGACACGCGUCAGUUUUUCAAUGUGUGUGCCAUAUUUUAAAUAAAGUUUAUCAUUUGCAUAGCAAAU